UGGGUUGUGUUGUUGUUUCAUGUCAAUGGAUCUUGUAGACAAGGAGCUCCCUCCACAUCCAGGAUUCCAGGCGAAGCUUGAACUCCUGCACCCCUGCAAGCGCACCAGAAGGCUGAGAGAAGUGGCCGAACACCUUCCACCUUACAAACGACACCACAUCCACCUUCACCCCCACCGAAAUAUCUCGAGGCCUCAGUGUUUCCUUGAAAACGAACUAUUCCCACAUCUAGACUUGUCGAACUCCCUCUUCGCACAAAGCUGCCGGCCGACGAACAGCCUCUAGGAAACGGACCCCAGUGUAUGAGGGGCAGGACCUCGAAUCGCCAUCUAUAAGUGAUGGCGGUCAACAGGAUCAAAGGGGCCUUCCAGGUACCCAGAAAAGGCGAGACCUUCGAAUUAAGAGCAGGCUUGGUCUCUCAGUACGCAUACGAGCGUAAAGAGGCGAUUCAGAAGACUAUUAUGUCCAUGACCUUGGGCAAAGAUGUGUCUGCAUUAUUUCCGGACGUAUUAAAGAACAUUGCUACAGCGGAUCUCGAUCAGAAGAAGCUAGUCUAUCUGUAUUUAAUGUAUGUCAAGGCCAGACUUGACCAGGCAGAGGAGAUGCUGACAUUUCAUUGUUAGGAAUUAUGCCAAAUCACAUCCAGAUCUAUGUAUUCUCGCGGUCAAUACCUUUGUUCAGGACUCAGAGGAUCCAAACCCACUUGUGCGGGCACUUGCUAUUCGAACAAUGGGUUGUAUCAGAGUGGACAAGAUGGUGGAUUAUAUGGAGGAACCUUUACGGAAGACACUACGGGACGAAUCUCCUUAUGUUCGAAAAACUGCUGCCAUAUGCGUUGCGAAAUUGUUCGACUUGAAUCCGACAAUGUGCCUGGAAAAUGGGUUUCUGGAGACGUUACAGGAGCUAAUUGGGGAUCCCAAUCCAAUGGUAGUCGCCAACUCUGUCACAGCACUAGCAGAGAUCAAUGAAGCCGCGCCAGAAACUAAAGCUCUACGGGUAACACCUGCGACCUUGAAGAAAAUGCUGAUGGCACUGAACGAAUGUACAGAGUGGGGCCGAGUUACUAUUCUUUCUACGCUGGCAGAAUACAAUGCGCAAGAUAUGAAGGAAUCUGAACACAUUUGUGAAAGAGUGUCUCCUCAGUUCCAGCACGUCAAUCCUAGUGUAGUUUUGGCUGCCGUCAAAGUGGUAUUUUUGCACAUGAAAUAUGUGAAUGAGGAUCUCACAAAACAGUAUCUGAAGAAAAUGGCUCCUCCAUUAGGUAUGUAGCUUAUGCGACUAAGUGACAUUUUUUUUUCAUGCUAAUUCGAAUCAGUAACUCUUGUUGCAUCGGCCCCUGAAGUUCAAUAUGUCGCAUUACGAAACAUUGAUCUACUGCUUCAGUCCAAACCCGACAUAUUGAGCAAAGAACUGAGAGUAUUUUUCUGCAAAUACAACGAUCCUCCAUACGUCAAGCUUCAAAAACUUGAAAUUAUGGUUAGAAUAGCAAACGACAAGAAUGUCGACCAGCUCCUGGCCGAAUUGAAAGAAUACGCUCUGGAAGUUGAUAUGGACUUUGUUCGGAGAGCUGUCAAGGCUAUUGGGCAGGCAGCAAUCAAAAUCGAGAGUGCUAGUGAAAAAUGUGUUAAUACACUUCUUGAUCUUAUUGCAACGAAAGUCAAUUAUGUUGUCCAAGAAGCUAUUGUGGUCAUCAAGGACAUUUUCCGAAAAUAUCCCGGAUAUGAAGGCAUUAUUCCUACACUUUGCAAACAUAUUGACGAGCUGGACGAACCAGAAGCACGAGGCGCUCUCAUCUGGAUUGUUGGGGAGUACGCAGAAAAGAUCAGUAAUGCUGAUGACAUAUUGGCUGGGUUCGUUGAGGGGUUUAUGGAGGAGUUUACACAGGUCCAGCUGCAAAUUUUGACUGCAGUUGUCAAGCUGUUCUUGAAGAAACCGGACAAUAACCAAGGCCUGGUUCAGACGGUUCUCCAAGCAGCAACUGCCGAUAAUGAUAAUCCAGAUAUUAGAGAUAGGGCCUAUGUUUACUGGCGAUUAUUGUCUGGCGAUUUGCAGAUAGCCAAGGUAUGUUGGCAACAUUUCUUUCUUUUAAACAUAAUAGCUAAUUUUCCUAGAACAUCAUUCUUUCAGACAAGCCCCCAAUCAAGUCAACCAUGUCAUCUCUUCCACCAGCCUUACUUGAGCAACUUCUGGGCGAGCUUUCCACACUUGCCUCUGUGUAUCACAAACCACCAGAGACUUUUGUUGGUCAUGGCCGGUAUGGAGCAGACGCUAUUCAGCACGCCGCCAUUCAGGAACAAAGAGAGAACGCUGUAGAGAAUCCUAUUGCAGCCGCAGUUACAACUCAAAACGGUCAAAAUAACGCGGAGAAUCUUCUCGAUAUCGAUUUUGACGGUGCUGCGCCAGCAUCAGCUGAUGCACCUCCAGCAUCUGGUUCUUCUGGCUUGGAAGGUCUAGCUGGUACGCCACAAAGAAUUGCUAGUCCUCAAGCUCAAGCUCCAGCUAGCAGCAUGGACGACAUGAUGGGCUUAUUCGAUAUGAACGGGGGGAGCUCUAGUGCAGCACCACCAUCACAAAAUGAAUUGAUGGGUGGAUUUGGUGGAUUAGAACUUGGUGGUGCAUCUCAGCCACCUCCCGCACAAGUGGGGGGUAAUCAAGGCAAGAAGACGAAUGAAGAUUUGCUUGGGAUGUUUUAGACGAAGUUUUUUAUUUCCUUCCAAAGGUG